CUAGGGAACCUUCAUCUACGUCGUUCCCCCAGUAUUGCCGGGGUGGACGGAUCCGAUGUUGCAAAUAAAGCCAGUAGUGAGGCCAACGGUGUUGUGAACAGUGCUUCAACUGCAGUCAUUUAUGCCUCGGCCGCCGCAGAGACUGCAGUAAGCCAGGUCACUGAUAAGGUCCAAUCAUUGUCCGACGAGAUCAGCUCACACCUUCCUGGUUUUUAUUCUGUUGGGCUUUGGGGUUAUUGCCAAGGACAGAAGGAAGAGUCAUCGUAUUCCAAUUGCUCGCAGCCCAGUACCUCUUUCUCAUUUGACUUGUUAAGCAUUUUUGGCUCAGUUUCCUCAGGCAUCAAUGAGGUACUACCAGACGAAAAUAACAAGGUCCUUGCUGGAUAUCGUGAUGUUUCCCGGUGGUCAGUUUCAGCUUACAUCCUGGGAUUUGUUUCCACAUGUAUGGCUGUUAUUUUUGGCGUCACCACAAUGUAUUUUUCUCGAGGAAAAGUAUUGCUUAUCCUCUCUUCGUUGCUGACCAUUGCUGAGUCUGCCGCUAUUUUUGUCACCGGUGCAUCCAUCGGGGUUACGGUAAUCUACGGGUUGAUUACGGGUGCCAUACAGAGUAUCCUUCAUCCUCUGGGGGCAGAUGCAAGUUUUGGGGCGCAUUCGUUCGCUGCAACCUGGCUAGCAGUGACAUUUUCCUUUGCAGCCCUUUUGACAUGGCUGAUAGAAAUGUUUUGCUGCUGUAUUUGA